AUGCCCAACACGACGAACAUUACAAUUCGCCCGUAUCUCGUCGCAUCCAACUGGGACACGCUGCAAUCAUGGACAGCCGGUUUCUGUACGGCGGCUAUCCUCGCCAACGCUUUUCUUCUGUACAUCCUCAUCGCAAAAAUCCGCCCGUGGACGCCGUUCACCAUCUACGUGGUGCUACUGACGAUUGCUAAUAUCCUCAACGGAAUAUUACAAAACCCGGCAUCGUUGUUGAUCAAAGACGCGCUACCCUUUCCGCUGAUUCGCCCAUUCUGCAUCGUCCACUUGUUCCUCCGCAUUCCUAUUGGACUGUUGCUGCCCAUCGGCCACAUGCUGAUCUGCGUCAACCGCAUCUUCGCCAUCGUCACACCCAUUUUAUAUAAACGAUACCAUACUAAAAAACUAGCGUACUGGAUUUCCGGAUUGCUGAUUCUUGCGGCUGUUUUUAUCACCGUUCCCGGCGUAUUAAUGGACGCGCAGUUAUACCGUACUGCGAUGGCGGAUAACCGCUGCUCCAUGAUGUUCGCAUCCUCAUUGAUGCAGCUGUGGUCAACAGUGUAUGGAGCCCUGUUCUACAAUGUGCCGGUCAUGGUGAUUACGCUGAGUUAUCCGUUGUUCAUUUGGAAGAAAUUUUGCCAGAGGAAGCGUAAUGUCCGUCCCACGGAGUAUAACAGCCGCAGCGUUGUGAGUACCAAUAAGGCGACCAGCACCUCGGCGGUCAAGACUAGGAAAGCGUCGGGACGGUCUUUCGCCAUUCUGACGGUGAUGACGGUCAGUGUGACCGUGUGCUGGACACCGUCCAAUGUUUAUUUCUGGAUCCAUUCGCAGGAUUUUUAUUUCUUUGCCGUGGUGAAUCUGUUGAAGCUGUUGCAGUCGGCUAUCGAUCCGUUGCUGUUCCUGGCUACGAUGGUGGAGCUGCGGAUCGCCAGUGCACAAAUUCUGCUGUUAGGUCGACGAAAAGCCUAA